GGGACGAUGCCAAUGCGUCGCCGUCGUCGGCACAGGUGUGCGCUCCCCAGCAAAUCGCUAGUCCCCCGCCACACCUUUCUCCCCUAUUAAGCCCCGGAUGCUACGUCUCCCCGCAGUCCACACCAUCGUCUUAUCUCGGGGCCAGGGCCAGAGCCAGAGGAAUUGUUUCCUUCUUCUACCUUCGUUCGGUCGAGCUUGUGCGCCGCCGAUCGGCAUGGCGAGGAAAUGCUCGAGCUGCGGCCACAAUGGCCACAACUCGAGGACCUGCAGCGGGCACCGAGGCGUUGAGAGCGGCGGCGGUGGGCUGAGGCUGUUCGGGGUGCAGCUGCAGGUGGGCGCUGCGCCUCUCAAGAAGAGCUUCAGCAUGGAGUGCCUGUCGUCAUCGGCGUCGGCCUACUACGCGGCGGCGGCGGCCGUGGGUGUCGCCGCGUCCAACUCGUCGUCGUCCGUGUCGUCGUCGUCGUCGCUCGUCUCGGUGGAGGAGAGCCCGGAGAAGAUGGGCCACGGGUACCUCUCCGACGGGCUCAUGGGCAGGGCUCAAGAGAGGAAGAAAGGUGUUCCAUGGACCGAGGACGAGCACCGGAGGUUCCUGGCCGGCCUGGAGAAGCUGGGGAAAGGCGACUGGCGAGGCAUCUCCCGGCACUUCGUCACCACACGCACGCCGACGCAGGUGGCCAGCCACGCCCAGAAGUACUUCCUCCGGCAGGCCGGCCUCGCGCAGAAGAAGCGGCGGUCCAGCCUCUUCGACGUCGUCGAGAGAAAUGGCGACAGGGGAGCCACCGAGCGCCGUCACAGGCUGAAACCCGAUGUCACCAGCUCUGUAGACGCGAUGGGAUUAACAUUCCCAGCUCUUUCCCUGGGCGCCAGCCGGCCGAGGCCGGACGCCGCGCUACCGCCGUGCCUGACUCUGAUGCCGAGCUGCUCGUCGCCGUCGUCGGCGCCGAGCCGCGCACCGAAGCUCCCUCCUUCCCUGGGCCUGGUGUCACAUGCAAAUCCUCCUCGGCAGGCGCCUGACCUGGAGCUAAAGAUCUCGUCGACGGCCGCCCGGAAGACCGACCAGCAGGCCGGCGCCGCCGCCGGCUCGUCGCCGCCUUUUUUCGGAACCAUCAGGGUCACCUAGAGCGAGCAAAAGACAACCCACCGAAGCGACGGCUGAAAAGAGAUCUUUCCGUAGACGACGACGACGACGAAGAACAAGAAGAAGAAAGAGCUUUUGCUAGUGGCGUGCUACAUUAACAGUAGUAUGUCAGUCUAAGUGUGCGUGUGUUGCUGGCACGGCAUUAAGAAAUGCCAUCACCGAUCCAUCCAUAACCAUCCUGUAUUAUCACCAUCACAAGGCCCAACUUUACUGGCCUAAUUUAGCCAUGCAAAUAAACAAGGAACGGGCCUCAUUAGCACCA